CUCGCUCGUCUGGUUUGUGGAGCGCACAUUUUUACAUUGACUUCGACGUGCGAUGGAAACGGUUUCGCGGUACUGCCUUCUAACUUUCUUUUAUAAACUUUUCUUCUUUUAUUACAUUUGUUGAAGACACAAUGAGCAAGUCCAGUUCGCUGAAAAUCAAGCAUUUGUUCAAACACAAGUCACUGGAUAAGGAGAAUGAGAUUGAUGCAGAGAGGAAGAAGUAUGCUCGCUCGCAGUCUCUCCGAGAUGUGGCGGUGGCACCGGGCAGUCCGCCGGACCUGCCCCCCACCUCACCGUCCGGUCCGGUACCAGUGGAGGGCAUUCAGGACGUGGAGCUGCGGCCUGGGUCGACCCUCAAAAGAAUCCUGAGCUUUAAGAAAAAAAAGAAGAAAUCAAAGCACGCCGAAUCAAGCGAAUUAUUUUUCCAUGAAACCGAUGAUUCGGAGACCAAGAGUCAAUUGAACUUUGACCAGAUGAGCGUGACUACAGAAUGCAGCUACAUGACAGAGUCGGACUGGGGCCUUAACAGCGAGUCGGCGUCAGUAAUGAGCUUCGACAUGGCUCAGCCCAACAGCCCCUCCUCGCCUUCCAAACGCUACAAGAAUCCAGAAGAUAAGAAGGGUGUGUUUGGCCGCCUCAGCAACUUCUUCAGCCCCCGCAAGAAGAAGAGCCAGAGCAAGCAGCCUGGCGACGGCGAGAGCACCCCGACCUCCCCGACGUCCCCGCGCUCCCCGCAGAGCCCCCUGCAGGAGGACUGGCUGAAGACGCCCACCCCGUCACGGCGGGAUGACGAAGCCCCCCGGCGGAAACCGGCGUUGAAGCAGCAUCUGGCUCGGGUCUCCCUGGACCUCACCGGCAGCCGGUCCACUCUGGCGUUCGACGAAGACGGGGGAGGGGUCCCGUUUGCCGACAGCGACAGCAGCGGCCGAGGCAGCGUGAGGGAGGUGCACGUGUGCCGGGUGAGCAGCAGCAGCGUCGCGCAGCAGGGAUCCGGGGACGCCACCCCCAUCCCCGGGGCCCAUGUCUCGUUCCUGGACACGGGGUCGGGCAGCGAGCCCGGCUUGAUGGACUCGGUGGUGCAGGAGGUGAGCAAGAGGCUGCAGCUCCACCUGGAGGAGGAGGCGGCCAACAUGAAGGACGGGAAGCCGUCCGAGCGGACACACUCAAAGUCUGUCCAAGUCCGGGUGAGCUCCAAGAUGUCCGAGCCGGUCAAGUCCCACAACCUCACCUCUAUAAGUGUCGCGUCCCUAAAGUCUCUUAAAUUGAAAUUGGACGAUCCCGGCGCGUCCCUGAAGGAAGUAACCUCCCCUCGCCUCCCUCUUACCUCGUCCGGCUCAGACUCGGAGAGCGUCGGCUCCAGAUCCACCAGCGUCCUCUCUUGGCUGCACGGAACGGCCACCGCUGAGCGGCAGGACUCCGCCUGGGGGGAACAUGAGCAGGGGGGCACCUCUCCGGCGCUGCUGCACAAAGCCAUACGGGUGGAGGCAGACCUGGCCGACGAGGAGGAGGAAGAAGGGGCGGGGGAGAGGGAGGAGGCCCUCAGAGCCGACUCCCCUCCCUUGAUCGCCGUGCAUGCCACUGUGGUUCCCGUCGAGGAACAGUGGCCUCGAGGCACCGACACGACCGACCACCUCCCUCCCUUGGAGAUCGCAGAGCUCUCUGGCAUGUCGCCAGAGUCCAAGGUUUCCAAGGUAGCCGCGGAGACCGGGGAGACCAGAACAGAAGCAAGCCCAGAGCGGCCGGAGAGCCCCCGCGGCGGACCAGACCCCGGGAAGAGCUCCACGAGGAGGAGCGAGGAGCCCCCACACGUCACGCGCAGGACGGUCAACCUGUCCGGGAAGGUGUUCGCCAAGAAGGUGUUUGUGAGCCAGGACAGUUCCGAGGCGGACGAGCCUGAGCCGGGGCCGGAGCCAGCGGGGAAAGGUCGAAAGAGGGGGGAUCACAGCGUGGCUUCGACUCAGAAUGUCGUCGAGGCAACCAAGCUGAAACGACAAACAAGACUGGAAAGCACCAACCAAGAACCUGAUACUGCCACGGAAACCAGCACUAAUAAAGAAACCUCACCGACCUCUGACAUGUCCAUAAACAAAUCAAGGGGACAAACUGGAGGGGACAAGGGGCCCGCCAAGUCAUCCGCCCCCAGAGGAGGCGCCAAAGCGGAGAAGGAGAGCAGGCCAUCCGUCACAUCUGGUGGCCGUGGCAUGGCGGAAACGGCGGGAGCCAGGGCUAAAAAGGGAAAGACGUCCGCAGAGGACGCUUCUGGAGAAACGCCACUCCGAGACGAGACCACCACUAUGCAGUCAAUCAAGCUCAAAGACAGUCCGGUGCAUGCAGCCACAACUGGCAUUAAAUCUAGAAUCCCCAAGAAGACAGCAUCCGAGAGCGAACCAAGGUCUCCAGUGACACCGGACAAAACCGCUGCACCGGACAUCUCAGUGUUCGUGGUCAGUCCCACGACACACAAGUCAAAAGAACUGCUGGUUAAACAUAAAGCAGUCACUAGUAAGGUUAAAAGGCCAAGUUUAGAGGAUAGCAAGUCGACCAAAGCUCAGGCAACGGACGUUUCGCCGACAAAAGCACCGUCAAUGCUCACAAAGCACAGCAAAGAAAGGAAGGCCGAGGACGAAAGCUCGGCGAAACUGGUUAAUGGCCUGGAGAAAAUCCACGAGCAGCGGACUAUUGUGAAGGCCCAACCCACUGACAAAGACAACACAGGUGGUAAAAAGCCGGGCCAGGUGCAGGUGGAGGCUGUACCAUCAAAGAGCCGGCUGCCAAUUACUACACCUGCAAAGCAGAGGAGUGACGGAAUGACCAGCAACACCAAAAACACAAAGAGUAGUGUUGCUGAAGCAGAAUCGGGGAGCAAAAAUAAGCUGAUGAUCACUGGAGGGACACAAACUCAGGACCACAGAAGUCCUGAAAAAGAAACAAAGAUAGCUACCCUCCUGCCUGAGCAACUCUCCAAAAAUAAAAGAAUGGUGGGGAAGACUGACGCUGAGACACGCAUAUCUACCACGCCAUCCAAGAAAACUCCAUCAUUUAAGCUCAAAAAACCAAAUCUAGACCCAUCUAACACUAUCAAUGACAGCACUAAAAGCACACAGAGUGAUUCAACCGAGCCCUCGAGUCCUUCGAGCAAGCCUCAAAUGGCAUGGCAGAAGGUACAAGGGCACAUUUCCAAGACAAAAAAAGGGGGUUCCUCUACCGAUUCUUUGACAGAAAAGACAGAACGUCUAUCUCCUACAAAGAUGAAUCAUGAACCGUUCAAGCUCAUUGAGGAUGUUGUCAGUGAGGUACAAGGCCAGAAGAAGGAUGGCACAAAUGGUGAUGCAUUACUACCAUCUCAGUCUGAUUCAGAGGCAGCCCCUUCAGAUGAUAUGUCCACCACUAGCUCUUCCCAGGACACAAAAGGAAAGUCACAACUUAUUGCCGGCCUUUCAGCAGGCAGCGAAGCUGAGACCGACAGAAUUACAGACAGAGGGCGGGGCGUAGGCCAUGCCUCAAUAGUUAAUGUAAGCAGCCAUACAGAAGAACAAUCUACCAUCGUUACAACAACACAAAAGGAUUAUGCUGUUCUCACCACAAGCCCUCAGGUACAAGCAACGAUAUCCCUGGCCCCGGUAACUGAAAAGGUGCCCUGUAUUGAAGAUGUACAUCCAAUAAGAGAUCAAAAACCAGAUGAGCAAGUGGAUGACGCCCCUACUUAUAGUCAGGAAGAGGAUCGUGAAGCAAAGAUGUUAACAAAAACUCAACCUAAAAAACGUUCACAUAUCAAAGAGAGUAUACCUAACCAGGUUGAGAAAAGUGUAUUGCAACCGGAAUACCAUGAAGCCAAAGGAAAUGACAAAGUCACACCAGAGACAAUAAUAGAAGCAAAACAGGAUGAAAGCCAUUCUGGACAUGCUGCUGUGUCAGCUAAGGACAAAAUAUCUUCCAAUAAUGGUGCAAAUAAUAUACUUCCCAAACCAGAAGUAACCUAUAUUGACACUAAGACCAAUGAGGAUAGUGUUGCAGCCAAUGAUUCGCUCAUAGCCAAAGGUCAGGCUAUGCAUAAGCUAGUUUCACAAAGUGAGGCGACAAAUAAAAGUAAUGGGCCUUCUCAACUGUCUUUAGAUGACCAACAGGCUGAUGGAAUAAAAUAUAAUUUAAUGUCAACCCAAGAACAACCAACCAUCCCAUCUAUCGGGAUUCAAGCAAAAAACGUCACAUCUUCUGACAUACCAAACACAGACGCGGUGCUUGAAAAGGAUAGAAUGGCGAUGACAAAGGUUGAUUUGACAGUGGUGAAGGCUAUAGACAGAACGUCAAUAGCUAGCCAGGCUACAAUUGUUCAUAGAUCCACUGAAUUAGCAGACAAUCAUUUGGAUAAAGAGAUUCUUUCAGACUCACAGCUUUUGCAUCAGGAGCAUGCAACAUUACAGAAAGACUCAAAGCAAAAUGACAAGAUGAAUGAGAGCUCAGAGGAAGGGGACCAAAAGACCAGUCACAGGGAACAUGAUGCCUUGGCGGUGGAAACUCGAGCAGAGAAAGUGACAACAAUAUCAAAGAAUAUCCUUGAUGUCAUUCCGAAGGCAGCUUCUGAAUCAGAGCAGAAACCCCAGACUGUCAGCUCGGUCACUGCAAAUCAGAAACAUGACGUUGCUGACCAUGUUGAAAAAUCGAGUUUAAUGGCUACAACUGCCAUGAGCAGGGAGGUUAAUUCCACAGAAGUCUGCAUCAAAGAUAAUGUGAAGAGUGACGAGACAAACACAGUGCAAGAAGACCAGCAGGUGCCAUCAUCCACAAUACAGAUUAGGCAGGAAUCAAUGCCUUUUUUUAACGAUGAAUUCCGAAUCCCAGCGACACAGAACUCAGAAUGCCCAAAACCAGAUUCCAUGACAUUUAAUGAAGGUAACAGCAUCCCCGAAAUCAAAGAUAGCCAGGUAACACUAGAUGCCACUAGAAUCAGUACUGAUGUUUGCAAGGAGGAUUGUCAAAAAGAGCAAAGACAGGAGAAAAUAAACACAGAAAACAGGGACAAAAGUAGUUUAUCCAUUGAAAGUUCAAAUGAAAGUUCGGAUUCAAAGGAGCAAACAACAAAAACAUUGAAAGUGAUGACUACUGAUACUCAAGAAAAUAACCAAAUUGUUCUUAAACAGGGAUCUAACAAAGACACUACAGCUAAAAGAGAACACAAAGCUAAUGAAGUUCCAACAGAGACACCAGUCUUAAUAAUGGACUCCGCAAAAACGCAGCAGUCGUCAACAGUCAGUUCAGGGCUUGAGGCCUCAUCGAAGGACACAGUUUCUAAAGUUAGUCAUAAGAAGGACCACAUAGUUAUUGAACAUCCGGAUCUAGAGAUUCAAAAAACAGUUUCUAAAGUUAGUCCUAAGCAGGACAUCGAGACCAUCGUUGUUCAAAGUCGAGAUCAGAAGAUUCCAAAACAAGAGACUGCCCCAGAUUCCCUGCUGAACGCAACCCCAAAAAUGACAACUAUGGGCACUGAUGUUCUAAAGGAAGACUUUGGAAAAAUCAAUGCAGAACUCCAGGACAAAGGAACUUCAUCCUCUGAAAACAAAGAAGUCGCAUCAAGCACUAAAAAAGAAUCGAUUGCCCUCAAGAAAGACGUUUUAAUUAUAACUGAAAAAUGUAAUGAAAACGAGAGAAAAGGAAAUUACAAUAUAUUGUUGAAGGAAAGGUCAGGAUCACAGAUGGAAUCAACGCACACAUUGAAAGUGAUGCGUGCUGAUGCUCAAGAAGAAUCCAAGGUCUUUACCAAACAGGAAUCGAACCAGUUUGAAGACACUAGCGAUAAAAAACAAUACAAAGCUAAUGUAGUUUUAACAAAGACUCCAGCCUUAGAGAUGGACUCAUCACAAGAAAGGAAAGCCAGGAUCACUGAUGCUCAGGAAGCAGCAAAAACACAGAGGCCAUCAACAGUCAUUUCGGGGCAUGAGACCUUGGAAAAGGACACAGACUCUGAAGUUAGUCCAAAGCAGGACCUCAAGGAACUCGCUGUUAUUGAAUGUGAAGAUGAGAGCGUUCCAAAUCCAGUGAAGACCCCAGAUUCGCUGGUUAUCUCAACACAAAAAAUGACAGAUAUCAGCACAGAUGUUCCGAAAGAGGAUUGCAAGAAAGAUUUAGGACAAGAGAAGAUGGACACAGAAAUCAAGAACAGAGUGAGUACAUUCUCUGAAACUAUUGCCAUCGUGUCAAGCACAAUCCAGGAGCCGGGGGCCUUUAAGACAGACAAAACAGACGAAACCCAGAACAAAGCUAACAAAGUUUUAAUUGAGACACUAAAAUCAGUGGUGGACUCAUCACAAAAAACACAAACUGUGAACACUGAUACUCAGAAGGAUGUAGUUGCUGAAUCAACAGACAUUUUGAGGGUUGAGACCUCAAUGAAGGACACAGAUUCAAUUUUUUUUCAAAAGCAGGACACCAUUAUUGUUGAAGGUCAAGGUCAGAAGAUCCAAAAUUCUGAAAAGACCCCAGAUUCCAUUGUGAACGCAUCACAGAAAAUGACCGUUACCAGCACAGAUGUUCCAAAGGAGGAUUAUAAAAUGAAUUCAGCACACGCGAAGAUAAACACAGAAAGCCAGGAUAAAUUAAGUUUAACCUCAGCAAAGAUCACAGAUUCUAAAGUUAGUCCAAAACAGGACCUCAAGGAGCCUGCUCUUAUUGAAUGUGAAGAUGAGAGCAUUCCUAAACCAGUGAAGACCCCAGACUCCCUGGAUAUCUCAACACAAAAAAUGUCAGAUAUCAGCAUUGAUGUUCCAAAGGAGGAUAUUAAGAAAGAUUUAGUGCAGGAGAAAGUGGAAACAGAAAUCAAGGACAGAAUGAGUACAUUCUCUGAAACUAUUGCCAUUGGGUCAAGCACAAUCCAGGACUCGGGGGCCUUGAAGACAGACACAACAGUUGAAACACAGGACAAAGCUAACAAAGUUUUAACGGAAACACCAAUCUCAGUAUUGGACUUAUCACAAAAAACACAAACUGUGAACACUGAUACUCAGAUAGAUGUAUUUGCUGAAUCAUCAACAGACAUUGUGAGGGUUGAGACCUCAAUGAAAGACACAGAUUCCAAAUUGAGUCCAAAGCAGGACACCAUUAUUGUUGAAGGCCAAGAUCAGAAGAUUCAAAAAUCUGAAAAGACCCCAGAUUCCAUUGUGAACACAACACAGAAAAUGACCAAUAUUAGCACAGAUGUUCCAAAGGAGGAUUAUAAAAAGGAUUCAGCACACGAGAAGAUAAACAUAGAAAGCAAGGUUAUAUGUAGUAUAUCCUCAGCAAAGGACACCGAUUCUAAAGUUAGUCUAAAGCAGGACUUCAAGGAGCCUGCUGUUAUUGAAUGUGAAGAUGAGAGCGUUCCAAAAACAGUGAAGACCCCAGACUCCCUGGAUAUCUCAAAACAAAAAAUGACAGAUAUCAGCAUUGAUGUUCCAAAGGAGGAUAGUAAGAAAGAUUUAGUGGAGGAGAAAGUGGACACAGAAAUCAAGGACAGAAUGAGUACAUUCUCUGAAACUAUUGCCAUUGUGUCAAGCACAAUCCAGGACUCGGGGGCCUUGAAGACAGACAAAACAGUUGAAACACAGGACAAAGCUAACAAAGUUUUAACGGAAACACCAAUCUCAGUAUUGGACUUAUCACAAAAAACACAAACUGUGGACACUGAUACUCAGAAGGAUGUAUUUGCUGAAUCAUCAACAGACAUUGUGAGGGUUGAGACCUCAAUGAAAGACACAGAUUCCAAAUUGAGUCCAAAGCAGGAGACCAUUAUUGUUCAAGGCCAAGAUCAGAAGACCCAAAUAUCUGAAAUCAGCACAGAUGUUCCAAAGGAAGAGGAUACAAAGGAUUCAGCACGCAAGAAGAUAAACACAGAAAGCCAGAUUAAAUGUAUAUCCUCUGUGGAACCUAUGGCCUUCAAGAAAGAGGAUUCACUGACAACUGAAAAGCUCUGUAAAAAUGAGAGAAAAGGAGAUGACAUUGUCCUUUCAAAGGAGAGCUCACAAAAAUCAACAGACUCAUUGAAAGUGACGACCAACGAAAUCAAGACCUUUACUCAAGAGGAAACCAAGACACCAGUCUUGGAGAUGGACUCAACGCAAACAACUAAAGCUGUAAACACUGACUCUCAGAAGGAUGCAUUUGUAAAAGAAGCAGGGAAAACUCCUGAGUCAUCAACAGACAUUUUAAGGAUGGCGACCUCAGCAAAGGACCCAGAUUCCAAAGUAAGGCCUGAGCAGGAAGCCGUGAUUAUUCAAGAACAGGAAGGCACAGAACAGGGAGCAAUUAAGAGGCCCGUCCUUGAACAAAUUGUCACUGUGGGUGAUUCAAAACCUUUUUCGAAGGAAAGCUUAGAUUCACAAAUGAAGUCACCAAGCGCAUCAAAAGUGGGAGUUCCUGGCACUCAUGAAGAGCCUCAGACCUUCACUCAACCGGAAUCCAAACCAACACCAAUACAACAUGAAGAGUUGAAAGACACUACAGAUAAACCAAGCAGAGCUAAGGAAGUAUUAACCAAGACACCAGUAUUAGUGAUGGAAUCGUCACACGAAACAAAAGCCUUGAACACUAACGUCACAGUGAAGGACUCAAUAUCUAAAGAUAGUCCUAAGGAGGACAUUGAGACCAUCGUUAUUCAAAGUCAAGGUCAGAAGAUUCCUAAACCAGAGACAGCCCCAGAUUUCCUGGCAAAUGAAAAACAAGAAAGUAAAGUUAUCAACUCUGAUGUUCUAAAGGGAGAUUGUGAAAAAACUGUAACACAGGAGGAGAUAAACACAGAAAACAUGGACAAAUGUAAUGUAUCCACUGACAAUAUUAAGAUUGCGUCAACCUCUAAACAGGAAGUGGAUUUCAAGAACGGUGGAAAGCUGAAGGAGUCCUCCAUAGACAGUUUGAGGGUUGAGAACACAGCGAAGGACAUAGAUUCUAAGGUUAGUCCGAAGAAGGAACCCAUAAUUAUUCAAGAACAGGAGGGCACAAACCAGGGAGCAAGUAAGAGGCCUGUCCUUGAACAAAUUGUCACUGUUGGUGAUUCAACCCCUUUUUCAAAGGUAAGCUUAGAUUCACAGAUGCAGUCCCCACACACAUCGAAAGUGACAGCUACUGGCACUCAAGAGGAACCUCAGACCUUUACUAAACCGGAAUCCAAACCAGAAGCAAUUGAAAAUAAACAGUUGAAGGACACUACAGAUAAACCAUGCACAGCUAAGGAAGUUUUAACCGAGAGCCCAGUAUUAGUGAUGGAAUCGUCACAAGCAACAAAAACCUUGAACACUGAGGCCACAGUCAAGGACUCAAUAUCUAAAGAAAGUCCUAAGCAGGACAUUAAGACCAUCAUUAUUCAAGGUCAAGGUCCGAAGAUUCCUGAACCUGAGAGAGCUCCAGAUGCACUGGUAAAUGCAAAGGAAGAAAGUAGAGCUAUCAGCACUGAUGUUCCAAAGGGGGAUUGUGAUAAAAAUCGAAGACAGGAGAAAAUAAACACAGAUUCACAGAUGAAGUCACCAAUUUUGAGGGCUGAGAACACAGCAAAGGACACAAAUUCUAAAGUUAGUCUGAAGGAGGAAGCUCAGUCCUUCACUAAACAGUUGAAAGACACUGAUAAAAUAAGCAACUCUAAGAAAGUUUUAACCGAGAAACCAGUCUUAGUGAUGGAAUCUUCACAAGAAACAAAAGCCUUGAACACUGAGGUUGCAGUAAAGGAUUCAAUUCGAUCUAAAGACCGUCCUAAGCAGGAGAUUGAGACCAUCGUUACUCAAACUCAUGGUCAUGAGAUUCCUAAACCAGAGGAACCCUCUGCUGAAGCCAAUCAUCCAAAGUCUGACUCAAGGCUGGAAAGAGAAACUGUUUUAGAAAACAGUCUUGUGGAGGAGAGGAAAGGCACAGAAGGAGGGAAAAAUAAGAAGCCUGUCGGUGAACAAACGGUCACUAUAGUUGAUUCAAAACCCCAGCUAUUUUCAGAGGAAUGCUCUGAGUCACAGAUGAAGACGACACCCGCAUCCAAAGCGACCACUACUGCCAUUCAAGAAGAAACGAAGACCCUCACUAAACAGGUAUCCAAACCAAUUUCCAUCAAACAGGAAAAGCUGCCAUGCACUACAGAUAAAACACCAAAUAAAGCUGACAAAGUUUCAGAGAAAACACCAGUCUCUAAAAUGGAUUCAAAAGCCAUGAGCACUGAGGCUAAGGAGGAUGGAUUUGGAAAAGGAGCUAGGAAAACCGAUGAGUCAUCAAAAGACAUUAUAGGGGUUGAGACCUCAGCAAAGGAUAAAGAUCAUAAAGCUAUUCCUAAGCAUGACCCCAUAAUUAUUGAACAUCAAGAUCAGAAGAAUAUAAAACAAGUGGAUCCCUUUGGUCCAUCAACAGAAUCCAAAUACUCAAAUUCAGACUUCAGGCCGGGUCCAGAAACAAUAGUAGAAAACAUUCUGGUGGAGGCGAGGAAGGGCAAAGAAAAGGGAGAUAAAAGAAAUCCUGUCAUUGAAAAAACGGUCACCAUAGUUAAAUCAAAACCCAAGCUUCUUUCAGAGGAAAGCUCAGAGUCACAGAUGAAGUCCCCACACACAUCGAAAGUGACCACUACUGACACUAAGACCCUCACUAAACAGGAACCUAAAACAAUUCCAUUAAAACAUGAAAAGCUGAAAGACACUACAGAGAAAACACCAAACAAAGCUGACAUAGUCUUAACGGAAACCACAGUCUUUGACAAGGUUUCGAUGGGAGAAGUGCAAACUGGUACGUCAUCAACAGCCAACAUGGGGGUUGAUAUCUUAGUAAGGGAUAAAGAUCCUAAAGUUAUUCCUAAGCAGGACCUCAUAAAUACAACAAAACCCCAUAAUGAACCCCAAGAUAAGAAGAAUAUAAAACCUGUUGAACCCCCUGGUCUAUCAAUAGACGCCAAAUACGCAAUGUCAGACUUUAGACUGGUUACAGAACCAUUAGUAGAAAACAGGCUUGUGGAGGAGAGGAAAGGCAAAGCACAGGGAGAUAAUAGGAAACCUGUCCUUGAACAAACGGGGCCUAUUGUUGACUUUAAACCACAACCCACAUUCACCUCCAACGCAGUUGCACAGAAUCAAAAAGAUCAAGUUAAAGAGAAAAGAGAUCUGUUGAAAAAUCCAAAUAAGAUGAGCGCAGAUGCACAAAAUCAAAAGACAGUUAUUUGUACCAAAGCCGCGGGAGUGAAGGACAAAAACAUCCAACAAAAACACAGUGCUGCCUCAAAGAACAGCAUCAUACCACAGACAGAACCUACACACGAAUCAAAAGCCCAAAAAGCUCAGAGCGUGGUGAGAAGCGCCACUGAUGUAGGGAAAACGAAUGAGUCAUCAACACAGGCCACCGCCACACUGCCAUUCAGCCACACAGACACGCCCUCCAGCUGGUUAGAUGUAGAACGAGGACCCAAACUUGACAAUAAGGAGGAACACGACAGACGGCCAGACACAGAGCCUUUUGAUGACCUCAUCAGGAGUAUCAAGGAGGGAAGUAUUCCUUUCUCGCAUCCACAGAAGAGGAAGCUUAAAUAUAUCAGAGGUUCGACUUCACCGUUUACUCUACCGGUCAUCAAGGAAGACCGUAUGGAGAGAGUGCUCGACCCGGCCCAGUUCACGUUUGGCCUGAGGAAACAAACACCAGACUACAGGGACCUGUCGCCGGCUCAGGUUAUAAAGCAGAAAUCGGAAGACAGGGAUGCGAAGAAUCCACCAAAACGUGCAGCAAGAGAAGAGAGCUUUAUUUUCAAAGCCAUGCAGUGUUCGAGUGCUCGGGACAGCGAGAAAGCGCUGCCUGAGGAGAAGGACAAGGAGGAGAGGAAGAGUCAAGGCACCAAAGAUCAGCGAGAUGAAAGGAGCAAAGAAGAGCCUGCAAAGGAUAAGUCUAGAUUAGAAAGGAUGUCUAUCCUCUCCAGGUUGAGGAGCGCCCCCAAGUCCACCAGAAAAGUCGGGGAGGAAGUCAGCGCCACAAAUAGCACAGCUGCAUCUGGCCAAGGAGACCGCAUUCUUUCCCCGGGAAAACAGGGGAUUGUUUCUUUAGCUCAGUCUGGCAAGGAGCCAAGUGGUUCAGGCGCAAAAGGCAAAGACACAGGCUUGCCCGCUGCGGGUGUUUGGAAAGGUGCAGCCAGUGACUCACUCGUCAGCCCCUCCUCUCUUCCCUCCCUUCCGUCCUUCUCUGAGAUUAAGCUGCCGGAUCAUUUGGAGAAAUAUCAGAAAACCAACAAAAGGACCUCGGAGGCCCCGCAAGGAUCCCCACAGGCUAGUCAUCCCACAGGAAAGGCCAAAGCUACAGCUACAGGCACAGUUAUGGACGCGGCUCAGAGUGCUAACGUGGACAAGGGACUAAAGGGCACUGCAGGACUAACCCCUAAAAACAAACAUUUCCAGAACAUCUCUAUAAAUAGAGCCGCUGCUGUCAAACCUAAGAAACCUUUUGAAGCACGAGGGUUCCACAAAAGACCCGGAAAGAUCGUCAUCCAUGAGCUCGAGGAGUUUGGAGGGCAGGCCUACGAGCUCCUCUGUGACCAGGAGGACGCCACCGCCAUGGCCCUGUCGCCCAUCAUCUCCGUCAAGGUUACACGAGGAUGCUGGAUGCUGUAUGAAAAGCCUGGGUUUCUGGGCCGCACCAUUGCUCUGGAGGAAGGCCCCACAGAUCACCUAGUGAAUAUGUGGGCCGAGGAGGAAACCCCCAUGCCGCUCGGUCCCGGGGGCCAACCCAUUCCUACUGCUCCCAUGGUGAUAGGAUCUAUUCGCCUGGUUGUUAGGGACUACAGCAUACCCCGCAUCGACAUGUUCGCUGAGGUCAACGGGAUGGGCCUGAUGACGUCCUUCUGCGACGACACCGUGGAGUUGGGCUCCUUCGGCAGACCGCCCACCACCGGCUCCAUCAAGGUCCAGUCCGGGGUGUGGUUGGUGUACAGUGACAUCGGCUUCGAAGGCAUGCUCGCAGUGCUGGAGCCUGGGGAGUUUCCCUGUCCCCAGGCCUGGGGCUUCGACCAGCCCUUCAUCGGCUCUAUGAGGGCCCUGCGCAUGGGCCCAAUAAAGGUGGAACACCCCAAGGAAGUCAAGGCCCUGGUUUUUGAGAAGCCUGGAUUUGAGGGGGGGUGCCUGGAGCUGGACAGAGAGGCAUACGACCUGCUAGCAGGAGACGCAGAGCCGGAGGAGCAAAAGCCAGAGGAGGGAGAACCGAAGGAGGGAGACGGAGACGGGGGAGAGAGGAGGGCCCUGUCUUCGGUGGGCUCCCUCAAGAUCCUGGCUGGACUGUGGGUGGGCUAUGACGAGGCAGACCUGGAGGGCCGCCAGUACAUCCUGGAGGAGGGCGAGUACCCCCAUGUCAGCGACUGGGGCGGGUCGGAGGACGGCCUUCUCUCCCUGAGGCCCAUCGUCACUGACUUCCUGUCACCGCACAUCAAACUAUGCAGUGAAAUGAACUUCGGGGAACGUGGGGUCAAAGUUGACCUGCUGGACCCCGUCAUCGCCAUGGAGAGCACAAACUUUGGUACCAAGACCCAGUCCAUCAACGUGCUGGGAGGAGUGUGGGUGGCCUUUGAGAAGGCAGCCUUCAGCGGGGAGGUGUAUGUGCUGGAGAAAGGCCUGUAUGGAAGCCACGAGGACUGGGGAGCACAGGCCUUCAGGAUCGGGUCCAUACAGCCCGCUUUCCAGAACGACUUUUCAGUAGCGAGCAAGUUCAAGGUGCAUCUCUAUUCAGAGGAGGACUUUAAGGGAAGGGAAGUGGUCUUAGAAGACAGUGUGGGGGCCUUGGACGAAGACUUCAUACCAAAAUCCUGUAGGGUGAAGGCUGGCAGUUGGGUAGCCUACGAGGGAGCCGAGUUCUCCGAGGACAUGUAUGUUCUGGAGGAGGGGGACUACCCCAGCCCCGAGGCCAUGGGAUACCUGGCCCGGGACACCGCCAUCCGCUCCAUGCAGACCACGGGACAUGAGUUAUCCCUGCCCUCGGUCACUCUGUUCAGCAAGCUGGGCUGCAGGGGUCGCCGGGUCUCCCUGACCAGCGGCGUGGUCAACCUGCGGCAGAUGGGCCUGGACUCACUAAUGCGCUCCGUAGCGGUGGGCGGAGGAAUGUGGGUGUUGUACGAGGGGGGGAACUACCGCGGCCGGCAGAUCCUGGUGCUGCCCAAUGAGAUCGGGGACUGGCACGGCUACAGCGGCUGGAAGCAAGUGGGGUCUCUGAGGCCGUUACUUCAGAGGCAGCUGUACUUCCGCCUGCGGAGCCGGGAGUCGGGCUGCGUGGUGACGCUGACGGGCAGCCUGGACGACAUCAAGCUGAUGAGGCUGCAGGCGCUGGAGGAGGGCGGCGGCGGCGCCGAGCAGCUCUGGCUCUACCAGCACGGCCAGCUCACCUGCAAGCUGCUGGAGGACUGCUGUCUGGAGACCACCGGCAGCAUGCUGAUGGCAGGCAGCCGUCUGUCUGUGUCGGCCGAGCGCGGCAAGGACAACCAGCUGUGGGACCUCACCCACGACGGCCUGGUGCGGUGCCACCUGAAGCCAGAACUGGUCAUGGAGGUCAAAGGUGGCCAACAAUAUGACAAGAACCAUGUGAUCCUCAACACAUUCAAUGAGAGGAAAUUGAGCCAAAGAUGGUCAGUGGAAAUUCUAUAACUCCAAUGCACACCUUAAGAACGACAACGCCCAGGGAACCACAGAAACAAGCUUUCUCCGAUACUUCAGCACUUGCCACUGUAGCUCCGCCAGGGGGACUACGCUCUAGGAUGCUGCUCCACCAGGGGGACUGUGCUCUGUGAUGCAGCUCCGCCAGGGGGACUGGGUUUCAACUCUGAGUGAACCAGAAAUAUGAAUUUUAAGUUCAUGGUUUUCGCUACUAAAUCUCUCUCUCUGCAAUAUCUUGGUACUUUUAACAUUCUUUCAGCUUUACUUUAAACAUUUUUUUUUAUAAAACAAUAAAAUGCUAAGAGAUAGGUCUAUGAUAAAAGUCAAAGUAAUUGCACAUUUUUAUUGACCAGAUCCUCUCCAAUUCAGACCUGUGUUGAUGCUGUACCUAUCCUCUCUGCCAGAAAUUGUAUUUGUUUCCAAAUUGUGUGUUUGAGACAUUAGUGUGAAAGUUUUAUGUAUGACCCCCAAAUAAUGUUUUCUUUCCUAUUUUUCAAUGGCUGCAGAUCAAACUUGAUUGAUUGUACAGUUUGAACAUGUUUCAAUGUGGCAGGUUCAGAUCAUAUAUUGAGUGGUGCUGCGUUAAUCAUGUGUAUAGAUUAUAUCAAUGCAGUACCGCUGCACUGAUGCCUACUACUGUCUGUAAAUAUGUGAAUGCCUGUUACGUAGGAAUAAAGAUUUGGUCUUCCUUACAUUUCCGAAGUCUAUGUUUUGAAGGUUUUCAAAUUAAAAAGGAAUGCUAUGGCCUAA